AUGGCAAAAGAAAUUGAGGAAUAUUUUGUAAAGAGACUUUAAACCUAUCUAUUAGAAUAUCUAUAAGAUUUUUCCCAAAAUAAUAUGGCAAAAGUAAAUAAAUCAACUUAUGUUCAAAGUUUUCUUUAGGCAUUUCUUCAAAUAUUGUUUUGAAGAACUUAUAAAUUAAGAAAUAAGCAUUACUAAAUUUUUCAUUUCCAAUGUACAUAAUAGAUGGGAAAAUAAGUUAAAUUACAAUUAAUGUAUUUGAGAGUAAAUAUUUUAGAUGCCUCUGAAUUACAAGGCCUAAUAGCCGGAAAUGAUUGUUGAAGGAAUAGACUUAUAGGUAUGCACAAUAUAAGAAGCGAAUCUAUUCGUUUCAAAUAAAGACUAGCAAAGCUAAUAGGGAGUGGAGAAUUUGAAACAACAUAAAUUAAAAAUUUGGGAGGAAUAAAUGGCGAAGUAUUUUGAAUAGCUUUCUCCUCCCAAUUGGAUUCAAAAAAUAGUAGAUGGGAUUUACAAUAAUAUGUCUGUGUAAGUGAAAUCCUUUUAUUUACGAUUUUAUAAUUAUUCAAUUUUUGGUUGCGAAACAUAAUUAAAAAUAAGAGCUGACAUACAUAUAAAAGCAACUGAUAAACAAUUUCAAUAAAAAUUUAAUGGCGAUGUGAACACAAUUUAUAAAUUAAUUGAAAUUAAAAAGUUAGGAAUAAUGUAUGUGAAGGCAUCUAAGAGAAAAGAAGAAUAGCAAUUAUUAAGUCCAAUAGAUAUUUCAAUUAAAUUAAUUAUCAAUAAGAAUUAGGAUGAAUAAGGUAAGCCAUUCCAAAAUUUAACAAUCAAUAUAGAUACUCCUGUCAUAUUCUAAUUAAAUAAGGAAUCUAAAAAUUAUUUGCUAAAAUUAAAUGAAGUUCUAUAGAAUUUGGAAAUUGUUUAAGAUAAUUUUCAUUUUCGACCAAAAAGUGAAGUAAAGAAUAAUUAUGGAGAGUGGUGGAAAUACUUAAUCAAUGCAGUAAUGUAAAACCAGAAGAAUCACAAAUUAGACUUAGGAUAUUCAUCAAGAAGAUUAGUGUUAAUGAAGAGAUAUAUAGAAUUAUAUAAAAGAAAAUAAACAAUAAUUUUAGUGCCUUGGUUGACAUGUUGGACAAUUUAGGAUGAAACUAAAUUCAAAAAAUGUGAAGAGUAAAUGUCGUUGAAAGAUUUAUUGAAAUAUAGAGAAUGGGCAUUUUAGGAGAUUAGAAUAGAGGCUAAGAGAUAUUAUAAUUCUUCUAAAGAAGGAUAGAAUAAGCAAAAUACAAAGCCUAUGCUUGAAAUAUGGACAAAUACUAUUAAUGAUCAAUAUGUUUUGAAAGAAUAAAAAAAGAGAGAUGAUGAUGUACCAAUUGAAUUGGAAGAUGAUGAGAAAAUUAAUUUGUAUGAAAUUCUUGAACGAGAUAAAACUUAAGUUCUUUCAAGUUAUUUAAAAGGUUAAAAUAAUGAUCCUGAUUAAAUCAAAACUCAGAUUUAUGUGAGUAUUCAUUCAAUCUUUUUAAUUAUUCUAGAAUGUCGUCCAGCUAAUGUUGCUUAAUAUUGUCCUAAAAAUACAAAAAUAUUUUCAUUUUGUCAAUGUAAAAAAUGUAUUCAACUAAUUAAAAAGCCAUAGAUUGAUAAAUAGAAAACAUCUUCUUUUAAUCAAAAUAAUUCUAUAUCUGAAGUAGUUAAACAAACUUAAAGAUAAAAUGAUGAUGGAUCAUUUCAUACUGCAAAAGAGAUUGAUAGUUUUUAUGAAGAAAUUGAAGAUUUGUAGAAGGAUGAUUUCUAAUUUUCUUAAGAUUUAAGCUAGGAUUAGAGGAAUAACAAUUCUUAAUUAAAAUAGAAUUUUGACUUCAAUCGAACCAACAAAUUAAUUCUAAUUGUCAGUUUAAUAGGAAUUAAGGUUCCAGUUUCUAUUUAUUAAAAUGGUAGAGUAAAAACAAAUGAAAAUGAGAAUUCAACAAUAGUAAUUGGUGAGAUUAAAAUAUUAGCAUCGGGAAUGGUUCCAAAAUUAAUGGAAUUUUAGAAUAAAUAUAAUGAAAAUACUGAAAGUCAAUCACCUUUAUUCAAAAAGAAGGACAAUCCUUAGAAAUCAAAAGGUGAUGACAAUUUCGAUCAAAAGUAAUUUAGCUAUUCAAGAGUCAGAGUAAGCGAAUUUGUUAAUGAUGUUUUUGACGUUUCAGUGACAAAGGAUUAAUCAUUUUUCUAAGGUAGUGAAAUUUGUUUUUAAACAUUCUGUGAAUUCUUAAGUCAAAAUUAAAUGAAUAAUGUUUCAUGCUUUUUAAUAGAUUAUGAAAAUGAUAAACAUGGAUUUUAGGAUUUUGGAACUGAAUAGUUUAAGAAUUAUGAUAAAUACUUUGUAGUUAAUGAUAAAGAGGAGAAAGAUGAAGUUGAUGAAUCUAUGUUGUUGCAUGUAAUUAAAUAACAAAAGAAUGAAAAUAAGUGGGCCUUUCUGAAAUAAGCUGCUUUGCAAAUUUAUGAUAGAUCAAGUUAAUAUGAAAAUGAUAACUAAUGGAUAGGCUGUUCAAAUAAACAAAAAUUUUUAGAAGAAGUUCAUGCCAAACUUAUAGAUAUCAUUAAAAAAUCAUUGUUUGCUCCUUUUCUAGAAGAAUUUGGUGAUAAAGUUAUUCCAUUAUGCAUCAUUAAUUUAAAGGAUAAACUUACAUUCCCUGCUGAUUCUAAAAGCUAUAAUUUAUCUAUUUCAUUAUAUUUAGAAGGAGAUCAAUCGGAUUAUAAAAUAUCUCCUCAUGAGAAAAGGAAAAAGGUUUCUUCCUAAUAAACUCUAGAUGAAUAAUCCAAUGAAUAAAUUUCAAUUAUACUUCAGAAGUUCUCUAUAUUCAUUUCAUCAAAAAGUCUUAGCUCUUUGCUUGACUUUUCUUAAAGCAUGGAUAAGACUUCCUUGAGUUAAGGAUAAUUAUAUGUCACAUAAGAUCAUAAACUCUUGGAAUGUAUUUUAAAGUCCAAGCCAUUAGGAUAAGAAAAUACUAAACCUCCUGGAAUGAAAUUUUCUAUUUAAUUUGUAGAUAAGCUUAAAAUUAGAAUUGUAUCUGAUCAAAUAUCUAACAUAAUUAAAACAGAAUUAAAAUUUUAAAUUAAAAAUUUUAAUUAUUCAACUGUGAAAAUUGAUGAUUUAUUUUAAAAUAUUGUAAAUAAAUCUGGAUAAACUUUGUAUUAAUAACAUUAUAAAUAUUUUUCUGCUUAUAGACUAACCAUAGAAUAAUUCAAAAUUGCUCAUAAAUAUUUUUCAUAAGAUUACAAAAACAAAAAUGAAGAAUUAAGAAAUUAUGAGAAGGAAUAACAGUCUGAUGACAAAAAGUCUGGUUUAUCUUCAAGUAAAUUCCCAUUUUCUAAAUAAACAUCGUAAUAAUAAUCUCAAUCUGCUGAACAUAAGAGCCAAUAAAAAGGUUAAAAAAAUCAAUAAUAAUAACCCAAAUCAAGAGAUCCUAUGUUCCAUAUCAAAGGAAUCAAAUAGACUAUAUUGAAAACGUAAAUAGUAGCACUUAAAUUCUAAGCCAAUAUUGAAAAUCAUGCUUUAUUAACAGAUUCUAAAUUAUAUGUCUAAAUUCCAUUCUUAAAUCUGAGGAUAAAUGAUUCUUGCAUUAGUUUUAUUGAAUUACUUUUGAUCUUAAAAAAUAAUAUCAAAGUUAAAUAAACACCAUAAUAAAAACAUAAAAUAGGGUAAGAUAGUCUAUUAAAAGCUGAGUUAGAUACUUUAUUUCAUGAUCAUAAAGAGUAAAGUUCAGAUUGUAAACAUUGUAUCUUAAAAUAUAGAAAAACUGUUGAAUUAACCAAUAUCUUAUUUGGAGUCAUAUCAGAAAUUACCAAAAGUGCAGAUGUUCCUUGUUGGUUCCAUAUUUUACAUAAUGAAUGCCAAAAACUUGGAAAUAGUUAAAAUUUAUAAGCCAAACAUAAAAAAGAAUAAGGAAUUAAAAUUACAUUUUAGAACACAUAGAAAGUGUCCAAUCAUGGAUAAUAUAAAUCGAUCCUGGCAUUUCCUAUAUUGGUUAUCACUAGAGAUAUAGGAUACUUCAAGGAGAAUAUUAUGAUUCAUUGUUCAGCUUCUAAAUUUAAGGAAUAAGGUAUAAGUACUAGCAAAUAAAGAUUUGAUUAAGAAAAUGAUAAUAAUUAAUUUGAAAAAUAAAAUUAAAAAGAUAUUUCUUUUUAAAAAGGGUAAUCUGCUUAAAAAAAGGAUACAAAUUAAGCUAGUACCUAAGAAAAGUAAAUGAAAGAAACUAACUAUGUUUUGGUUUAGCCUGCUUUUAAGGUAAAGGAACCACUUUUAUUUUGGUAAAAGUUGGAUGAUAAAUUCAUCUUCUACUGUAGAAGCAACGAAAAAGAUAUGUUUAGAUUAGAUUACUCAAAAGACUAUGAAGAUAAAUCAUUUGAAAUUAAUAGUUUAAUCCAAGAUGAUGAUUAAAUGAGACAAAUUGAUCCAAAUCUUUAUAUAUUGCUCUAUUAUAAUAAACCACUCAGGACAGAACUAAUCUAAAACAAAGAGAAUUUCUAAAGAAAUGAAAAGAACUCAAAAAAAAAAAUAUUUUUUUCUUUGUAAAUGAUCAAAGCAAUAUUUCAAAAUCAACAUGCUGCUUGCAAUGUUUUAACCACAUUCUAAAAUAUUAACAAAAUUUAAUCAGUUUUAAAGAAAGUAUAGGACAUUGUCAAUUAUAAUUAUAAAUCAGAUGAAAAUGUAGAGAAACAAUAAUUAUAGGAUAGUCCAAUUAAAUUAUUAGAUGAAAUGAUUGUCUCAGCUAAUAUAUCAAAUAUAUAUUUGAAGUCUAAUGAAUCAUACUUUAAAUUAUCAUAAUUCAAAAUCAUAUUGAAUCUAGAAUAUAUGAGUCAAAUUUCCAACAAUGCAAAAUCAAGUUUUCAUAAGAAGAAUUCAUCAAGCAUUGUGAAUUAAGAAGUAUUCUCAAAGGUUAAAAGUAAUAUUACAUAAGUUUUCCCUACUGAAGAUCUAAUAAUAGUAAAGUGCCAUUCAAUUAUAUUGAAUUUUAAUAUGGUUUCAAUCAUAGAUGUUAAAUUGAUUCAUGUUUAAAAGUUUUCAGACGCAUUAUAAUUACAAGUUGAAGAAAUUAAAAUAAGUAUUACAAACAACUUAAAUAAACAAAAAGAGAAUUUAUUAACAAUGCCUAAAAGAGAUAGACUGACAUAAACUAAAACAGGAAUUCAGCAAGAGACAAAGAAAUUUGAAAAACCUUUGGCUAUUUGUAUUAAGUUGGAAUUUUAAAAUCUAAAUCCAAAAAUCAAUAUCUCUGUUCAUUAAGGUUAAAUUUAAUUAUCUUAAUAGAGAGUUUCUGAUUUAUUAAUAGGAUUGAACAGUUUUUAUCUUUUAAACAUAGAAGAAUCAAUUAAUUUAAGACAACAUCUUUUAAAAUACAUAUUCCUAUAGGAGUUAGAAAUUAUGGGAACUGAUCAGCCAAAAAUGAUUAAUCUAUUUAUAUAAGACAAACUGUAGAGAUAAUAGAAGUUGAGUUUUAUUUUGGAAUUGAAGAUAGAAGAAUUUUAAGUUGUGCUAUAAGAAAAGGAUAAGGAGUUUUUCUUUUUUGAGUUUCAUCAAAUUUCUAUGAAGAAAAAAUUAAAUUAAGAAUUGGAAUUAAAAGUUAAUGAUUUAGAAUUGAAACCAUAACCUUCUAAAGGAGAGAAUGUUUAUUAUCCUAAUUUAAUUAAAUAGAAUGGACAUUAGGCAAUGAAAAUUUUAUUAGAAAAUAAUAUUAUUCAUUUGGAAAAUGUGCAAUUUUAUAUGAUUUCAAGAUUUUUGAAUGAAUUAGAUGCUUUUAAAUCAGAAGUUGAAAAAAUAAUAUAAAAAAAUAAAGAUGAAUUAUCAGAAAAGUAUCAGAGUGAUUUUGAAUUCUAAAUGCAAUUAAAGUAAUAGGAGAAUUUUGAACUCAAUAAAGAAUAGUUCAAUUAUUAAGUUCUAAUAAAGAAUUCUUAAAUAAUUGUCCCGUAAUCUUCCUCUGAUAAGAAUUAGGUGAAGAUUUUAUUUGAUUAUGCAGAUGUAAAGGUUAAAAAAGAAAAGAAGUUAUCUAAGAUACCAGAAAUAUAGGAGGAUAAAAUUGAAGUCUUGUAACAACAGAAAUUAUUAGUGGAUUAUGAGGAUAAAUAUACAAAGAUUUCUGAAAAAUAAUUAGAAUUUUAAGAGAUUUAUAUUACUGAAAUAAAGGCUAAUUUCAGAAUGGUUGAAGUAGACUAUGAAAUGUAUUGUGAUUAGGAUGAUUAAAAUUCAAUUAAGGGCAAUUUAUUAGAUGCAGGUAAAAAUUGAAUUAAUAAAUUCUUUAGAUAGUGUUGAAGUUGAAAUGAAUUUACCAAGCUUUGAACAAUUUCUGGGGAUAAGCGGAUGGAAAUAUAAAGAUAGCUGUAUUAUAAAACCUAAAAACUUAAAAAUGAAAUUGGAUUUGGGCAAACUGAUGAAAGUUUAAAGCUAUAUUGAUUAGAACCUAUCUGAAAAGUCAAGUCUUUUUGAGUUUCAUAAAUCUUCUCUUUAAAAAAUAAACUUUGAUGUAAUUUUGAUAUCCUAUAGAAUAGCUUGAUUUAUUUUCAACAGAAGCAUCUUUGACUAGAUAUGGAUAGGUUGAAUAAGACAAAUUGGAGAAACAUAAAAAUGCUAAAUUAUAUGAGACUACAAAACAUAGGUAGAGUAAGUAGUUUAAUACUCAUAAUCAGACAAAAUAAAUGAAGAAAUAAAAUUAUGAUUCUUGA